AUGGUGGUCAAAGUAUUUUCUGAGAGGAAAGAGGUGGCUGUUAUGAUGACCGAGGGGCAGGUGAACGAACUUCUUCAGCGAUGGAGAGAUACUCCUGAAGAGGAGCUGACUCAAGAAGACCGGCAGAACUUUAAGGACCUGGCAUGUGCGUGUCUCGCUCAGGAAGACAGCUACAGUUUGCUGACGUUCCUUCAAGAUGACAAAAAUCAGAUGGUGGUGAAGUCCAUGGGCUGUGUUCUCCUGGCACCUCUUGUGAAAGAAUUGCUGAACACCAGGAAGACUUCUGAACACGUCCAAGCAGCAAUCUUACAUAUUACCACGACCUGCAGACCAGAUGAAGUUCUCCAGAACUUGCUGAACAUCGUGGAAGAUUCUGAUCCAGAGACCAUAGUGGUAGUGGUUCCACAUCUUCAGACAGGGCUGCUGAGGCUGAAGGAGAAUCAGGCGUCCUCGCUGGGCUCUGCGCUGACGGUCCUCCACAAGCAACUCAGCCGGCUGCCAGUACCGUACACCGAAAAGCAGGAAGAAGACGAUCUGAUGGGACUGGGUCGCAGCUGCCAUGCCUUGUCCGUCUUAACCAAGACUUUCACGGAGGCAGUGAGGAACAACGGAGGACAAGAGUGCCGAGAGAUGAAGACAGAACUGCUCAACUUCUGCAUGAAAAGCCUCAGAGAACCUUUACUGGAAGCUCUCCUGACUCCAGGGAGAAGAACGUCACACAUGUGGCUCUUUGCGGUCCACAUAAUGGAUACUUUAGCUGCCAUUCAAGAGUCGGUGGCAGAAAUCCUGUUCUUCAGCACAAUGGGGAAGAACAUCCAGAUGGAAAAAAAACAGCUAGACGAGUCCAAAGGCUGCCUGGCGUAUCUCGUAUUUGUCAAGUUGCUGGAUGCAGAACGGUUCCCUGUCGUGUUCAGCCCAGAAUUCGUCCUCUGGAACAACGUGAAAUAUGUUCAUCAGCUGCUCAGUAGCAAAAAGGAGUCACACGUACUCAAAGGACUGGCACUGUUUGAAAAAAGCCUGCAGAAAGUGCAAGAUAAUAGCCUGCCAGCAACUUUGCUGGCUGUGAAAAGCUUUUAUGACGUAAAGCAGAGCCUGCUGCAAGUUCUGACCGACUGUCCUAUGAAACAUCUGAGAGAAAGUGGGCUGAAGGUCCUCCAGCUCCUCAUUAAUAAACAAGACACCGAAGCAAAGCACAAACUCUUCAGAUGCUUGCUAAAAACCAGCAAUCAUCCAGGAGUGGAAGGUUACAUUGUGAAGAACAUUAGAAAUCAAGUCGAAUUCUCCAUGGCGCCAGGCAACGCCACCAGUUGGUUCCUGGGGUCGGAAUUUGUGCCGCUUUUGGGCCUGGUGUUGAGUUUGCCGCAGGGUGCAGAGACUGACAUUCUUCACAACAUGGACAAAAUCAUGGAGAGUUUGAACCUUUUGCGCUACCUUCUCAUCCGAAACAACCGACUGAGAAACGACUCAGACGUAUGGGAAAGCGUGAGCAGGAUGAAGGAUGAAUACACCAGAACGCUGCAUGUGUGCAUCAGCAUGUCAAGAGCUUAUUACACGUCUCAACUGAGCGAACUAAGAGAUGAACACAAGCUCAAAGCCAGAGCGGCCAGAGCGUCAAAGUGCACUAACACAUGCUUUCAAAGUGAAACAGUCAAACAGAAAAAGUUAUCCAAAAUGUCACCGGACGUGCAACACCAGGUUGUGCAGUGCGCGCUAGUAACCUUCGACUUAAUGGAGAGCCUCAUUGUGCGCGUAGAAGAGAUCUCGGAGGAAAAGAACUCCCACCGGGUCGACACAAGUGCUUUGUAUCCAUGA